UACCACUGCUUUUCUACAAGAUUCUUGAACGAAGACCAAGCUGCACUACUCGAAUCCGGCGAUAAGAUCUUUAUGCCGCCCUCAGCCCUCGGAGUCCUUUUGUCUCAGCCCGUCUGUAACCCUAUGCUCUUCCAGCUACGAAACCCAAAUGCUGCCGAUAGAGAGCUGGUGUCUCACUGUGGGGUUCUGGAGUUCACUGCUGUAGAAGACAAAAUCUAUAUACCUUCAUGGAAGAUGAAGCGCAUGGACCUGAAAGAUGGAGACGUUGUUCAGGUCAAAAAUGUGUCUCUACCUAAGGGCAAAUUCGUUAAAUUGCAACCCCAUACCAAAGACUUUUUGGACAUCACAAAUCCGAAGGCUGUGUUAGAGAAAACACUGAGGAAUUUUACAUGUUUCACUGUUGGUGAUACUAUUAUGCUUCCUUAUAAUGGCAAGGAGUACUAUGUGAAUAUCGUGGAAACAAAGCCUCGUAAAGCCAUAAGUAUUAUUGAGACCGACUGCGAGGUCGACUUUCUGCCUCCUCUCGACUAUGUGGAACCCGAAAAGCCUGUUGCUGUUGCCUCUCCUCCAACAAACAAGGCGGCAAUGGCGGAACCUGUUCAGAUCGAAGAGCCUAAAUUCUGCCCUUUUAGCGGAGAUGGAAGGCGUUUGGAUGGAAAACCUUUGCCCACUCCCCAAGUUCAAGUUUCUUCUUCCUCAUUCGUUGCGGCAGCCAACAAUGGCAAGACUAACGCGCAGCCAUCUUCCACAGGAUCUAGCUCUCAAGGGUCUAAUCGCCAUACUCAGGGGAAGCUUGUUUUCGGAUCAAAUGCUGCCGACCAUACUACUACUGCUCCGAAGAAAAUAGAAAAGCAGGAAGCUUCAAAAGAGCAGGCUAAGCAAAAAAAGAAAGAAGACUCAAAGUUCCAACCCUUUACAGGGAAAAUAUACUCGUUGAAGGGUUGA